UUAUAUAUACGUAUACAAAAGUAACUGCAAACUUUGCCGUUCCUGUGUAAAUUGUUUUUUUUUUUUUUUAUAAACAAUUUUCCAUUGGUAUUUAGCAUUUAGAUUUAGUCAUUUUGAUGGCAAUAGUGCUGUCAUGUUUCAAAAGAUGCCUCGAUGGCAUCAAGUACACAGAACAUACAUCCUUUCCACUAAUCAACCCUAUAUGUUUGGAUACCAGCCGAAUGGGUAAUGAAGUAGUGAUUGUGAAAAAUGGCACCAGGAUAUGUGGUAGUGGAGGUGUCUUAUGUACUGCACCAAUAGUGCAAAAUAAAUGUUACUUUGAAGUAAAAGUACAACAAUCUGGAAUCUGGGGAGUUGGCUUAGCUCUGAAUGAUGUAGAUCUGUGUAAAGCACCUGGUGGUCAUGAUCAAUACUCAUGGGUGUUGUGCAAUGAUGGAGCACAGCGACAUAACCAGCAAGUGUUAAAAGCUAUAGAUAAUACCAUUGAAGAAGGUGAUAUUAUUGGUGUUUAUUAUGACCAUGUUGAAUUAAACUAUUCAAUUAAUGGCCAGCCAGUGAAUGAACCUAUUACAGGAAUAAGAGGAACUGUAUUCCCAGCUCUAUUUGUUGAUGAUGGUGCAAUAUUAGACAUUGUAUUGGAAAAAUUUUCAUAUCCACCAUCUAAUGGUUAUGAUAAAAUCAUGUUAGAGCAAUCUAUACUUUAAUGAUAUUGUCUUGUGUAAAAACUAAAACGAAUAACAAAUUUAUUAAUCAUUCCAUUAAUCAUAAAUUAUAAUUUUAUAUUUUUUCUAUAAAUUGUGUUAUUUUUAUGUAUAAUAUAUUAAGACUAUUUGUAAACUAAUGAAAUAAAUAUCAUUAAGUAAUUUUAUUAACUGAACAUUUAGAAGGUUUGCUAUAUUAGUAGUUAUACAACAAAAUAAUAAUUAUUAUAAUAAAUAUUUAUUAACUUUAAACAAAUUCAUUUAUAAUUAAUAAUAAAUAUUCAUUUAUAAUCUAUAUUUAUAACAGAUAARUACUUGAAAUACUUGUUGUUGUGCUGCUAUAAACAAAACAAUGUAUACUUUGUGCCUUCUAACUGUUCUUAGUCACCCAUCGAUAAAUUGUUUUGAUUUUACUACUCAUAAUCAACCAAUUCAAUUGAAGAUAA